UUCAGCUAUGUUGAGCUGAGCUAUGUAAAGUGCUAAAGAUCACUAAAGAUUCUGCCUGUGUUUUUAAAUGAAUAUAUGUGUUCGGAAUAAAUUCAUUAAUAUUUCUUUGUAAAUUACAAUAAAACAUAACAAUAUGCCGAAGAAAAAGACAGGUCAAAGACGGAAAGCAGAGAAACAGAAACUGCGGCAAAAAGAAAUUAGAACUGCCAAGGAUCAAAUAGAUUUAGCUAAAUUUCCUUGCAAUGCAGUGAUGGAGUGUGAUAAGUGCAACAAGAAACAAAAAAGUAGAGCUUUUUGUUACUUUUGUCAAAGUGUACAACGGUUACCUUUAUGUGCGCAUUGUGGAAAAAUGAAAUGUAUGCUUAGAACUGGAGAUUGUGUUGUUCGUCAUCCUGGUAUAUUCACUACUGGAUUAGGUAUGGUGGGAGCAAUAUGUGACCAUUGUGAGGCAUGGGUUUGCCAUGGAAGACGCUGUCUUACCACUCAUGCGUGUAUGUGUCCUUUAAUGGAUGCAGUUUGCCAAGAAUGUGAAAGAGGCGUAUGGGAUCAUGGUGGUAGAAUAUUUCGGUGCUCAUUUUGCAAUUGUUUCCUUUGCGAAGAUGAUCAGUUUGAACAUCAAGCAUCAUGUCAAGUUUUAGAAGCAGAAAAUUUCAAAUGUCAAUCAUGUAAUCGUUUAGGACAAUAUUCUUGUUUGAGGUGUAAAACAUGUUAUUGUGAAGAUCAUGUUCGUCGAAAAGGAUUUAAAUAUGAAAAAAAUAAGGCUAUACCUUGUCCCAAGUGUAGUUUUGAAACAUCUCAAACAAAAGAUCUUAGCAUGUCAACGAGAAAUCAUAAAUUUGGUAGACAAAAUCAAAGUGGAACUUACGAAUCUGAUGAAGAAAAUGAAUAUAACUAUUAUGGAAAUCAAUCUCAAGGAUAUAGUUCUGAAAAUUAUACUGUUGAUGAUGAUGACGAUGAUGACGAUGACAACGAAGAUGAUGAUGAUGAUGAAGAGGAAGAAGAAGAAGAAGAGGAACAAGAUGAGUCAUUAAGUGAAACUGAAGAGAAUGACAACAAUAAGUUACUCCGAAAUUAA